CUCUCAGCCGGACAGAGGUUCCAAGCCUUGCAGCUGGACACAGAGAAAGGAGAAGACCCAAGAUGGGACCCGGAACCCUUUUCAGCCUCCUCUUCUGCCAGCUUCUCUUCCUGGCGUCUGGCGACCCGGUAGAGGCAGGAGAGAAAAACCUGACUGCUGCAGAACCGGAAGACUUCAGCUACUUGCAUGUGGAAUAUAUGCUCCUUCAGGACAAACUGUGCAACAAGAAGUGGAAGAGCCGCGGCUUCUACUGCUACCGGUACUUCGACACCCCCAAGACGUUCAGCGAAGCAGAGGACGAAUGCCAUAGUUAUGGUCGGGACGCCCACCUCACCUCCAUCUCCAGUCACCAUGACUCCGUCUUCCUUGCUGAUCUGGUCGAGGAGGCUGAAAAUGACGUUUGGGUUGGCUUGCGUAAUCUGGAGGGGUGUGACUCUUGGACCUGGACGGAUGGAACACCCUACAAUCCAGAUUACGCCCAUUGGGGUGCUGGGCAACCCGAUCUCUGUGUCGUCCAUCCAGUGUGUGGGCAGCUGAUGCGUUCCUCAAAAUUCUACAAGUGGAACGAUGUGGAUUGUAGUACCAGAACUGGCUACAUUUGUGAAACUCCUGCAAACCAUUGAAGUGUUUCUGAAGGGGGCGAUCAGCUUUUGGGGUGCUCCGGUGAUUAUCCAGACGGGCACCCCAUUCCAUAUCUGCCCAAUGCUGCCCUCUGCACGUGUAUCUCCUAUGACUCGCUCAAUAUUACUCCUAUAACUCCGUACUUAUUACUGCUACUGCCUGGUCAACAUUAAAUCCCUUCUCUGAAUGUUCCCAAUUUGUUCCUUUUGUGACCUCAUGGUGGCAAGGAAAUAAACUGCUGUCCUCACAC